CAGAGGAGGUCCACAUCUGCAGACAACAGGCAGGAAUAUUUCCUAAGAUGACCCAUGUGAAGCAACCAGAGCUGCCCCACUCUCCUCAUCAUCACUCUGCCACUCCCGCAGCAUUGCUCUCUGUUUGUACGGGACACUGGCCUGCAGCUCACUCACUGAUUCUGCAUGACUGUGACAAAGAUGUCAUGGCGCCCGACCUUCAGAAGCUCCAAGUUUCGAAAUGUCUAUGGGAAGGUUGGCAGUCGGGAGCACUGCUACGAUGGUAUCCCCAUCACCAAAAACGUCCAUGACAACCACUUCUGUGCCGUCAACUCCAAGUUCCUGGCUGUGGUCACUGAGAGCGCUGGUGGGGGCUCAUUCAUCAUCAUUCCUGUUUCCCAGUCAGGUCGUCUAGACUCUCACUACCCAAAGGUAUGCGGGCACCAAGGCAAUGUACUGGACAUCAAGUGGAACCCCUUCUUUGAAAACAUCAUAGCUUCGUGCUCGGAGGACAGCUCGGUGCGAGUGUGGGAAAUUCCAGAUGGCGGCCUGAGGCGUAACAUGACUGAGGCAGUGCUGGAGCUGUAUGGUCACAGCAGACGGGUGGGUUUGAUCGAGUGGCAUCCCACCAGCAGCGGCAUCCUAUUCAGCGCUGGCUACGAUUAUAAGAUUCUGAUCUGGAACUUGGAGAUCGGCGAGCCAGUAAAAAUGAUUGACUGCCACACAGACGUCAUCCUAAGCAUGUCCUUCAACACAGACGGCAGCCUGCUGGCCACCAGCUGUAAAGACAGGAAACUGCGAAUCAUUGAGCCGCGCUCUGGGAGAGUCCUUCAGCAAGCCAGCUAUAAGAACCACCGGGUAAACCGAGUGGUUUUCCUGGGCAACCUCAAGCGGCUGCUCACCACGGGCGUCUCUCGUUGGAACACACGUCAGAUUGCUCUUUGGGAUCAGGAGGAUUUGUCUAUGCCAGUGAUGGAGGAGGAUAUAGAUGGACUCUCUGGAUUGUUGUUUCCCUUCUAUGACAAUGACACGCACAUGUUGUACCUGGCAGGCAAGGGCGACGGAAACAUCCGUUACUUUGAGAUUACUACAGAGAAACCAUUCAUCCAGUAUCUAAUGGAGUUCCGGUCCCCGGCCCCUCAGAAAGGAUUAGGCGUGAUGCCAAAGCAUGGUCUGGAUGUGGGAGCCUGUGAGGUGUUCCGCUUCUACAAGUUGGUCACCCUCAAGGGCUUGAUAGAGCCUAUUUCAAUGAUUGUACCAAGAAGGUCAGACACAUACCAAGAAGACAUUUAUCCAAUGACGGCAGGAACAGAACCUGCACUCUCAGCGACCGAGUGGCUCAGUGGCAUCGACAGAGAGCCAGUCUUAAUGUCCUUGAGGGAUGGCUACAACCGGCCAAACAAGUUAGUGUUCAAGGCCCCAGUGAAGGACAAGAAAAAUGUGGUUGUGAAUGGCAUCGACUUGCUUGAGAACGUACCACCCAGGACGGAAAAUGAGCUCCUGCAGAUGUUCUUCCGGCAGCAGGAUGAGUUGCGGAGGCUGAGGGAGGAGUUGAGCAGCAAGGAUGUGCAAAUACGCCAACUGGAACUGGAAUUGAACAACAUGAAGAAUGUGAACCCCAACAACAUCUGACCUCAGACAAAGCCGCCUGCUUUGCCUCCAGUUUGGACCUCCAAAAAGCUUCGGAGCCCUCCUCCAUGUUUGAGCCUAACUCCUGCUGUUCUGCCUCACACAUUCUAUGGUCAUUGGACAAUCAUUUUUUUGAUUACCGCAAUAUUGUAAUAAAGACAACUAUGUUAUACAAUAGAGUAGCGGUCAUUGAUUGCCACAUUGAGUGAAAGAUUGCAAUCAGUGAAAUGUUAUUUUAUGUUAUGAAUUCAUUGGAUUAGAAAAGGUGAUGAAUUACGGCACACUUUCCAUCAGACCUUUAAGAAUCUUGUCUGAGUUUCAGCCACUAUGCUUUAUCGAAAAUGCCUCCAAAUCUUCUAGGUUAUCCCCAAGUACUGACAAGCAGCAACAUUCUUUUUCUUAUUGAGGCCAAUUUGGUCGAUAAAAUAUUUUCUUCAAAGUCUUAAAUGUUACUGCAGCGAGUACAGCAUCAUCUCAAAAUGGCUGACGUACACGUACUUGUGUAUGUCUAUUACUGCUACCUGACGCUAAUACAACUGCUCAAGUGCAGUCUUCUGAAGAGAGCAAACAGGUAACAAGCAGGUGUGAACUCUUGGCUCUGCAGCUAAGCCUUAAGGGAAUUUUUUGGGGGCGCUUAUUUGGUUUUAGGGCUAAUUACAUGGAUGGGGGUAUUGUACAUUUGCUUCUAUUUAUUAGUAAUUUUUCUCAUAUUGUUUAUGAGUAUGUGGAUGAGCAAGUAAUGAUUGUGAUGACUGACAGAUUUUGCUGAAUGUUUACAUAUAAUUGAUGCAAGAUUGUCAUGGAAGUGGCUCUUUGUUUUGUUUUGUUUUUUUACAAUAACACCAUAAAGGUAGAUCCUGUAUAAAGGUAGUAUAGUCUCAAUAACGAUUUCCUUUAGUUGUUACCUAUAUCACUGUUACUACAAACCAUAUUUAUUAUGAGUAAAUAUCUAAUUUUGCUCUCCUUCUAAUAGUAGAAAGACAUGUAUGCUAACUUUUAACCACAUUUUAAAACCUUAAAUAUAUAUAUUUUUUUUCAUUUUUUGAAACUAUAAUAGCCAUAAAACCACUCACUGUAUUUGUUUUUUCUUGGCAAUUUAGAAACAUCCUCUAACUGAUCCUAUCUUUUAGUGGACUUAGAAAGUGCAAAGGAUAUGUUUGGCUUCAGUACUUGUGUAACAAGAAUGAAACGUGAUCCAGUAAAUUUAAUUAAA